GCAGAGCCAAGGAUACCUCUUCAACUACUGUUGCAGGUUCCGUACUUGCAAUGGGAACGGUUCCGGACUCCGUUGACGAGCAUACAAUCCCGAUCUGGGAAGUAUGGACACUUGCGUUCUUCUCUGGGGGAGCCUCCACGGUUCAAUGUCUGCACCUCGGCUCUAUCCCGAGUCCUAGAUGCUCCAGAGGACCAGAGCUUGUGUUGUGUUUAAUCAUCACCUUCUUCUUUCCUAAGAUUCUUACAAAUCGUAUUUGUAAUAUUAUCUCAUAUAAUUCUUCUUCUUUGGGAGAGCAUCAGCAUGAGACGAAGUCAGAUCCUAUCGAAAUGUUCUGGGAAGAGCAAACUGAACUAAAACGGAUCAGGGUUCUGCAGUUGAAAGGUGCCGGUGAGAUGCUGAAGCUUGGAAAUGAUCAUCUCACGAAAAGUGCUGUUGUUUCCCAAGAACUGCAAUUGGGUAUCCUCAGCCAUAAAGUUAGAGCUAUGUCUAAUAAGGGAGAAGAAAGUGAACCU